GGCACAUAGGUGUAGGUAUGUAUUGUACCUAAACUUAGGUAAGCUUCAACACCUCUAGGUUAAGCUAAUUCAAGAUUACCUAAUUCAACGUCUAUAUACCUACAUAUUCUACCAUACUAUUACGUCGCUGUUAUUCUUCAUACUACACCCAACCAGGGUCGCUUUUUCCCAAUACGCGGGACCAUGCCGCCAAAACGCAAAGCCGCCACUACCACCACCGCCGCGCCGAAAGAGAAACAGUCCAAACUGGCUAAAGAGCACAACAUCUCGGCGCGCGAGGAGCGCGAGAUCAAAGAGGCGUUUGCGCUGUUUGCGGAGCCGGCCGAGGGCGAGAAGGAGGGCGUCAUACCGAUUAAGGACGUGCGGCGGGCUAUGAUCGCCCUAGGCCUUCCCCCCAGCAAGCCCGAGCUCGCCGAAUUCCUCGAGAUCCUCGACCCGGACGACGAGGGGUACGCGGCGUACGAGCCGUUCGUAGCGCUGUGUGCGCUGAAGCUGCACGCGCGGGAGUCCUCCGGGCCCGCGGCGGAGGAGGUGGACGAGGCGUUUCGGUUGUUUACCGGAGGCGGCGGCGGCGGUGGUGGUGGUGGGAACAGCGGAGGCACGGACGAGCAGGUGCUGACGUUGUCGCAUCUCCGCCGCGUUGCUAUGACGCUCAAGCAGGACGUCGACGACCAGCUGCUUAAGGACAUGAUUCUGGAGGCGAACGGGGGCGCGGGCGUGGGCAAGGGCGUGGGGAGGGCCGAGUUCGAGGAGGUUAUGAGGCGCGCGGGCGCGUGGAAGUGAGCGUGUAGGUGGAAGUGCGAUCGUGGGAUGAGAACGGGUAUGAAUGAAUGAAUGAAUGAAUGGGUGCGCGCUUAUAAGCACGCUUCGCGAGGAUCCGAAGGGAUACGUGCACUCGUCACUUCUUCGGACGGAAAUUAGGAAAUGGGCAUACCCUCACGAACGUACGAACAUGGCAGCGAGAUACGACAGUAAUAGAAUGUAAGAUAGGAGAGAGAAGGCAAAGGGGGCCAAAAGUUUGUUAAUAAAGUUACCUUAGGUUAGGUACGCAGUAUAUUUCUACGUAAUGUAGGCAUUUGACGAAAUAAGUUCAGGAGCCGUGGGUUCCCUCUAAAGACGUCGUUAUAGAAGAGCACAUAUACCUACCUAUAUGAAGUUAUAAAUUACACCAUCUCGCUCCUUAUUUCGGAUGACGGGUUACUAUUUAUUCUAGC